AUGCGCUACCCGAAAGGCCUUGAAUGGUGGCCUGUUGAGAUCUUGUGUACCUUAAGCGACCUCGCCGACGAAACGCUAGGUAUCGACAAUUGGAACAAUGUCUACGAUCUACUCGUAGAGGGCAACAAGAAGAGGAUGAAGUACGAGAAUAACACCUUGUUAGCAGAGAUACAGCUGAGCGACAUAUCAUAUGUGCGAGAGCGCGUUCGGGCGGAAGAAGAGGAGGGAAGAAGAGGAGGGAAGAAGAGGAGGGAAGAAGAGGAGGGAAGAAGAGGAGGGAAGAAGAGGAGGGAAGAAGAGGAGGGAAGAAGAGGAGGGAAAGCAGAAGAUGGUCGAUACCAUGGCGGAAAACGACGUUGUGCGUUGUUUGAUCCGCCUGAUGAUACAGACGAUGCGAAUGCCACCACCAAGCCUGACGAGAGUGCGGGAGCGACCGUCACUACGAACGCGAGCGAUGGACCCACUAAUCAGCAAGCCGAUGACUCAGAAGAAUCUAUUCCAGCUGCUAUACUUCCCACAAAUAGUCAAGAAGCCAAGAUUAAGAAAUGGAACUUCUGGAUCAAUCAUCACUGGCAAGUACAGGACUACAGAGAUCUCAUCCUCAAGGAAAUGCUACAAAGAAGUAACGACAAGGAACCAAUCCGUAAUCGGGAGUUGAAAAGCUACGGAACCAAACAAAACGGUGAGGUCCUGGAAUUGCUAAACGAAAGAGCCAAGAUUACUGGAAUACAGCGGAAAAAUUCAGCAUGGGCGAAGAUCGUGGAGAACUGGGGCGAUAGAGCACCAAGGUCAGGAAGAAACUCAGAAGGAGAGUUCUCUGGCUGA